AUGUCUGAACUAGCACCAGAUGCCAAGCCAAACAUAUUAAUAACAGGCACUCCCGGGGCUGGAAAAUCUUAUUUAUGCGAACGCCUGUCCGCCCAACUAAAGUUCGAGUGGCUGGACUGCUCCAAGAUCGCCAAGGAAAAUGAGUUUGUGGAGGAAUAUGACGAGGAGUACGACUGUCCCAUUUUGGACGAAGAAAAGCUGAUGGACCACUUGGAGCCCCUGAUGGCGAAGGGCGGCAACAUCGUCGAAUACCAUGGCUGUGAUUUCUUCCCAGAGCGCUGGUUUCAGGCCGUCUUCGUGGUCACCUGUCCCAAUAAGACGCUCUACGAUCGCCUCAAGGAUCGCAACUACAACGAAAAGAAGCUCACAUCGAAUAUUCAGUGCGAGAUAUUUGGGACCAUUCUGGAAGAGGCCCGCGACUCCUACAAAUCGGAUAUAGUAUUCCAACUGAAGGGCGAAACAAAGGCAGAUGCCCAUCAGAGUCUGAAGACUGUGAAAAACUGGUAUCGUAUGUGGAAAAGGAAAUGAAAGCCGCAUUUGUUAGUUCUUUUUUAAUCUUAUGUAUAAAAGCUUCAGAGUUUGUAUGUAAAUUAACUAUUAUUUACAACAAAGAGAGUGUAUAAAAUCGUAAUCUUAAAUCUA